AUGGCUAGUGAGGAGAGUUUCCUAGUGCUGGUACAUUAUAGAGGGUCGAUUAAGAGAAAAACUCGGUCCGGCGUGAAGUUCACUGAUAAGGAUCCCCUAUGUAUUAUCGUGACGCCAACAACCACCUACGAUGCUCUUGUUAGCUGUGUGCUGGAUAAGCUUGGUCUUGAAGGAGUUAAAAGGGUCAAGAAGUUUUUCUACCGCAUUCCAACAGCGGUACUCCAUGACACCGUGAAGUUUGAUUGUUCCACAAUCGGUAGUAACGAGGACUUGCAGGUUAUGUUUCUUUGUCGUAGGCAGUUUCCCGAGGUAAGGACACCGGAGUUGUUGGCUAAGUUGGUUGAUGUGGUAUCUAGCUCGGGUGGUUCAAACCGGAAUGCCAAUACUAUAGCCGCGGUUGCCGGCUCGAGCUCGAGACCUGCUGUUGCUUCGUCCUCUGCUCCUGUGUAUGAGCCAUCGAUGCAGCCUGUUGCGUCCCCUUCGUUUGCCGUCGAUCUGGGCGGGAAUGUUGGAGACGAGGUUCGGCAUGGGGAACAUAUUCCCACCGAGGUACAUUGUCCCACACCGGCUGGUGUUGGUGAUGGUUUGUUUGAUGAUCCAGAAGACGAUGACGUGGAGCCGGAUAUGAUCGCUGAUGAAAGCGGCGAUGAUGUUGGAACUACUGUUCCGAGAAGGGCUACAGGUGGAUCUAGUUCUGGCACACAGCAGUAUCCACCCCAUUUUUCCUCAUUGGAUCUGGAUGCCAUGCGGCAGGACGAAAAUGCUCUGCAGCCCUCAGGAUUUGGCGCUAGAGAUACCGAGGGGUCUGCCGGUAUGAACGAGUUUCAGGUUGGCCAACAAUUUCAGGAUAAAGAUGAGGCGCUGUUGAAUGUGAAGACGUACAGUAUCCGCCGAGGGGUCCAGUACAAGGUCGUUGAGUCUGACUAUCGCAGGUAUGUGGGAAAGUGUUCUGAGUUUGGGAAUGGGUGCACAUGGCUGAUUCGGUUGAGUCUCCGACAGCGGAAGGGUAUCUGGGAAGUGAAGCGAUACAACGGACCGCAUACAUGUCUCGCCAGCUCCAUCUCCAGCGACCAUAGGAGUCUGGACUACCAUGUGAUAUCCACCUUCAUUAUGCCGAUGGUUAGGGCUGAUGCAUCUGUGAACAUCAAGGUGCUUCAAAAUGCCACGGCCGCACACUUUGGGUUCAGGCCAACGUACAGGAGGGUAUGGAUGGUGAAGCAGAAGGCCGUUGCCGUCAUAUAUGGGGACUGGGACGAGUCGUACAAUGAGCUCCCUAGGUUGCAGCCAGGUGCUUCACGGUGA